AUGCGUCGCCAUGGAAGGGCCGGUGGAGGGACGAAGGCCGUCACUCCCGUGUCGGACACCGUCUCUCUGAUCCAUUCUUUCGACUCGCUCACGAACCCCAAUCGGCCUGUCCGCCCGUCGCCAUUAGCUUCUUCCAGCAUCCAAGCACUGCCCUUGGAUCUAGUCGAUCGGUUGCGCUCCUUUCCUCUAUUCCAAUCCACCCCCGAAUCCUUCCUCGUCGCCGUCGGCCAACAUCUGCGCCCCCAGCUCAAUUCCGCAAAUGACUAUAUCUUGACGGAGGGCGACGAGGCCAAGGCAAUAUAUUGGUUGGUCCGCGGCGCCGUCUCGGUCACCUCUCGGGAUGGCGAGAGUAUAUAUGCGGAACUCGAACCUGGCGCAUUUUUCGGCGAGAUUGGCGUCCUGAUGGAUCGCCCCCGCACAGCGACCAUUAUUGCCCGGACCCGAUGCCUGCUAGUUGUCCUGACGAAGGAAGACUUCCGAAAGAUCUUGCCGCAUUUCCCGGACGUUGAGCAGGCCAUCCGGGAUGAAGCGCAGGAGAGACUGAUGAUACUGGAAAAGAAGAAGAAAGAAACUUCGGCGCCGCCAGUCGACCUCGAGAGCCAGACCCGCCGCGGUUCGAAGCGAUUACGAGAUACCUUCUCCCGAGACAUGAGCCUGGCUGAUCGCGAUGGUACGACACUCAAAUCCGUCAGCAAGAAACGGAAGUCUCCUAGCCCCGGGUUGACCGAUGGAACGUCGAGCGCCCUGGGGAACGGGCUUGUCAAUGUCCGCCGCCUACUCAAGGAGCUACCCUUGUUUGCCGGUUUACCAUCAGACAUCCUUCAUUUCCUAGGCCUCAAUUCGCAGCCUCGAUCAUAUCCGCCUUUCACCGACAUCAUCAAACAAGACUCGCAGGGUCGAGAGAUCUACUUCAUUGUUCGUGGAGAGGUCGAGGUUUUGGCUGAGAGGUCGUCACCGGGCCCAAAAUCCCCCCCAAACACCAUAGAGCACCCGGGGUUCGAAGUUAAAGCCCGGCUGAAACAAGGUCAAUACUUCGGCGAAGUAGUAAGCCUCUCGCUGGCACCUCGAAGAACGGCAACAGUUCGUUCUAUAAGCGCGGUGGAAUGUCUUAUGAUUGGCGGCGAUGUUCUCGCCGAAUUCUGGGAGAAAUGUCCCCAGAACGUACGGCAGCAGGUCGAGAAGACCGCUAGGGACAGACUACAAUCGGCUUCCGAUGGCGAUGUCGUCAUGUCCGAAGCAAACGAUGAGCCUUCGGCAGAAGAAAACAACCUCACAACAAAGGCAUUUAGGAGACAGUCGAUGCCACUCGUAACCCUCACCGAAACCGAGCUGGACAGCACUCAGACCACCAGUGCGACAGAUGACCAAGCCGUACUGCGACCUUCAGACCCCGACCCGUUUCAUAACGCUGGCCUGGACAAAGUCCGGUUACGAAGUCGACGAGGGUCUGUCGCCCCGUUGUCCCCAGCAGAGGUCUCUGGUGAACAGCACCGGACUUCCCCGUCAUCGGAGCCCAGGUCUACAAGUUCUUCGUUCCUGACCCUUCCCGAGACUCCGACGUCAGUGUCGUCGAAGUCAUUGCGUGAGCCUCAAAAAGACAAUCGCGGAGUCCUCCCCGACAAUGUCUUGCUCAAAAUCUUCAACUAUCUAGACCUCCAUGAUCUUCUUCGCAUACGAGCGGUCUCGCUACAUUGGUCAGAAAUGCUCAGCAAAUCUACAGAGUUGCUUCGCCACCUCGACCUGAGUCCAUACAAUCGGUGUGUUACCGAUGAUGUUUUGGUCAAAAUUAUCUGCCCAUUUGUCGGCAACAGGCCCCGAUACGUCGACAUCGGGAAUUGCUUCCACAUCACCGAUGAGGGGUUCAACAAAUUAGUCGCCACAUGUGGCGCCAACGUCAUUGCCUGGAAGAUGAAAAGCGUCUGGGACGUAACUGCAUCGGCGAUCCUCGAAAUGGCAACUAAGGCCACUGGUUUACAGGAGGUUGACCUCAGUAAUUGUCGGAAAGUCGGAGACACUCUUCUUGCCAGGAUCAUCGGCUGGGUCGUUCCAGGGCAACACAAGUCGAAUGAAGAGCUAGCAGCAAAGUCAGGGAAAGGCGCAAUGAUGCCUACCAUGCAAACUGCAGCCGGAACAGUAUUUGGCUGUCCAGAGUUGAGAAGGCUGACCUUAUCCUACUGCAAACAUGUGACCGAUCGAUCGAUGCACCACAUUGCCUCCCACGCAGCGUCAAGGAUCGAACAAAUGGACCUGACUCGCUGCACUACGAUUACAGACAAAGGAUUCCAAUUCUGGAACAAUACCCAAUUUACCAAUCUGAGGAGACUUUGUUUGGCCGACUGCACAUACUUGACUGACCAGGCGAUUGUCUACCUGACCAAUGCUGCAAAGCAGUUACAGGAACUGGAUCUGUCAUUCUGCUGCGCAUUGUCAGAUACCGCUACCGAGGUCCUCGCUCUUCAAUGCUCUCAACUGACGUAUCUCAAUAUGUCCUUCUGCGGCUCAGCCAUUUCCGACCCAUCGCUACGCUGUAUAGGUCUGCAUCUCCUCCACCUGAAACGACUCUCUGUUCGUGGUUGUGUUCGCGUCACUGGCGCUGGAGUUGAGGCGGUCGCAGAGGGUUGCAAUCAGCUCGAGUCCUUUGACGUUAGCCAGUGCAAGAAUCUUCUUCCCUGGCUUGAAGACGGCGGGCCGCUCAAGUAUAGAAACAAGAUCUGUUUCGACACAGUUGCUCAGAAUGGGCGAUUGUUUCGAUGA